GUGACGGGUCAGCUGUUCUAACAACAGCCUUGGAAGUAGACCCUGGAGGCAUAAGGUCGGUGACUAAGCCUGCAAAGGCCGGACUUCCAUCCCCCGAGGGCGCAGCUGGAUGCAGCAGUGGAGCAGAAACACUUGCUUCGGGGUUGAAUCACUGGACAAUGCUACAUAUUUUGUGGACAGUGUGGGUCUUGGGGACCCUUAUCAACCUCUCCCAGGAAGAGUCCUCUGAUCAGGCUGCUUCUCUGUCUUGCGAGCCCACUGGUGCCUGUGAUGGCUACUCUAGAUCUUUGACCUCCAUCCCCUCUGGGCUCACAGACACUGUGAAAAGCCUUGACCUGUCCAACAACAAGAUAACGUAUGUGAGCAAUGUCGACCUGCAGAGGUGUGUGAACUUGAAGGUCCUGAAGCUGGGGGCCAACAGAAUUAACACAAUAGAGGAAGAUUCUUUUUGUUCCCUGGAGAGUCUCGAAUAUUUGGAUUUAUCCUAUAAUCAGUUAUUUAAUUUAUCAUCCUCCUGGUUCAAGCCCCUUUCUUCCUUGAAAUUGUUAAACUUACUGGGAAAUCCUUACAACACACUUGGGGAAACAUCUCUUUUUUCUCCCCUCACAAAUUUGCAAAUCCUGAGAGUAGGGAAUAUUGAUGCCUUCACUCAGAUUCAGAAAAAGGACUUUGCUGGACUAUCUUCUCUUGAGGAACUUGAGAUUGAUGCUUCCAAUCUCCAGAGGUACGAGCCAAAGAGUUUGAAGAUCAUUCAGAACAUCCGCCACCUGAUCCUUCAAAUGAGGCAGUCUGUCUUCCUGCUGGAGAUUUUUGUGGAUAUUUUGAGUUCCUUGGAAUAUCUGGAACUGAGAAAGACUGAUUUGAACACUUUCCACUUUUCAAAACUAUCCAUCAGCGAAACCAACCCAGUGAUGAAAAAGUUUACCUUUAGCAAUGUGGAACUCAGCGAUGAAAGUUUCACCCCCAUUGUGAGACUGCUGAAUUAUGUUCCUACAUUGUCAGAAGUCCAGUUCGACCGCUGUACCCUUAAUGGACUUGGUGAUUUUAGCACCCCUGCUAUGGACCAAAUCAAAGACCCGGGUAACAUAGAGACAUUAACAAUACGGAGCUUGCAUAUCCCACAGUUUUUCUCAUUUUAUGACCUCAGUAGUGUCUAUUCCCUUACAGGAAGAGUUAAAAGAGUCACCAUCGAAAACAGUAGGGUUUUUCUGGUUCCUUGUUCACUUUCACAACAUCUGAAGUCACUAGAAUAUUUUGAUCUCAGUGACAAUUUAAUGGUUGAAGAAAACUUGGAACACUCAGCCUGUGAGCAUGCCUGGCCCUCCCUAAAAACCUUCAUUUUAAGGCAAAAUAGCUUGAAAUUCCUAGAAAGAACAGGAAAAAUUUUGCUUACACUGAAAAACCUGACUAGCCUGGACAUCAGUAAGAACAGUUUUCCUUACAUGCCUGAAACUUGUCAGUGGCCAGAAAAGAUGAAAUAUUUGAACUUGUCGAGCACGAGACUCAACAGAGUAACUGGCUGCAUCCCCCGGACUCUGGAAGUUUUAGAUAUCAGCAAUAACAACCUCGAUUCUUUCGCUCUGCUUCUGCCCCAACUCCAGGAACUUUACAUUUCUAGGAACAAGUUAAAGAUGCUGCCAGCUGCUUCCUUCUUACCCUCAUUACAAGUCUUGAGAAUCAGCAGGAAUAUAAUCAAUACCUUCUCUCAGGAGCAACUGGAUUCUUUUGAAAACCUGAAAACUUUGGAAGCUGGUGAAAACAACUUCAUUUGCUCCUGCGAGUUCCUGUCUUUCACGCAGGAGCAACAGGCCCUGGCGGGGGUGCUGGUUGACUGGCCGCAGGGCUACCUGUGCGACUCCCCAUCACAGGUGCGGGGUCAGCGGGUCCAGAACGCUCGGCUCCCGCUGUCUCAGUGUCACAGGGCAGCCCUCGUGUCCGCCGUGUGCUGCACGCUCUUCCUCUUGGUCCUGCUCACGGCGGUUCUGUGCCACCGCUUCCACGGCCUGUGGUACCUGAGAAUGACAUGGGCCUGGCUCCAGGCCAAAAGGAAGCCCUGCAAAGCUGCCCCCCGGGACCUUUGCUACGACGCCUUUGUAUCUUACAGCGAACAGGAUGCCUACUGGGUGGAGAACCUGCUGGUCCAGGAGCUGGAGCACUUCGACCCCCCCUUUAAGCUGUGUCUUCACAAGCGGGACUUUGUUCCUGGCAAAUGGAUUAUUGAUAACAUCAUCGACUCCAUCGAGAAGAGCCACAAAACCAUCUUUGUGCUGUCGGAAAACUUUGUCAAGAGCGAAUGGUGCAAGUACGAACUGGACUUCUCGCAUUUUCGGCUCUUUGAUGAGAACAAUGAUGCCUCCAUUCUCAUUCUGCUGGAGCCCAUCGAGAAGCGGGCCAUCCCCCAGCGCUUCUGCAAGCUGCGGAAGGUCAUGAACACCAAGACCUACCUGGAGUGGCCCCUGCAGGAAGCUCAGCAAGAAGGCUUCUGGCAAAAUCUGAGAACUGCCAUCAGGUCUUAAGGCCUCCCUGCAAGGCCCCAGCAGCCUGUCCUUCUGUGGCCGGUGGUGACCGGGGUUCUGACACAAUUGCUUGUCAACCACACGAUGUACUGGCAUUGGGAGUCUCUUACUGAAACCAUUAACACUUGUGAUUUUAUCUAGAGUGCUGUUUUAUAAAAAACUGCUACCAGGCUGAAAAAGUGGUUUUGUUGUUUUUUUCCCCCCUGAGACAGGCAUGAUCCAAGCCCCUUGUGGAUACCUGAAUUAUCUGUGGUCAUCGAUACGGUUCACUGGGGAAUAGCAUGAAGGAGCAGAUUUCAAAUGAACGCGUGGUACAGCUCUCUGACCUGCUUGCCCAGGGCAUUCUCUUCCUCUCUGUGAAGCUGCUCUCAGGACAAACAGGAAACAUGUACAUGUCACUCAGUCAAACUUGUUGCUACUUAUGGAAAAAUGUGUGUGCCUGUCUUACGCUUUACAGUAUAUCAAAUACCUGGAGGUAUUUUUCAUGUCAGCUGCAUCUAUGUCUGUUUUAGAAGGUUCUAAAAGUUACUAUCAUGGAGUUGUCCAUAAAGGAGAAUGUCAGAUACAUCAGAGAUCAAUUUCAGGGUUCCUUCUUAAUUUUCGUGCUUUAUCCAAAGGUAAGGUAAGGUCUUUUGUCAACAGACUUGUUGACAAGAAUCUUGUUUCAUUUCUUUAAACUUUGCCCAUGCCGCAUAUGUAAUAAUCAUUGAAUUGUUGAAUGUUUGCUGAGCUGAGAAGUAAAUGAGUUAAAUAAUCUGGAUGGGGACCAGUUGUAGUACCGAAACAUCGAGCAGUUUCUACCAAUAGGCAGAAAUCUUAGUGUGAGUUUUUCCGUUACAAUUGUGAUGGAAAUUUCUAAAUCCAAUUUUAUUGAUUUACCACCUAUUAACAAAACUAUAUAUUUUGGGGGUACAGCUUUAGACCUCAAUACAUGCUUGUAUUUUACUCACCUAUCACAUAUCACACUAUCAAUUUGACCCCUUCUACCCAUUCCUCUUUCCGCUUCCCCUUCCCCGCUGGUGACUCCCAUAUUUUUCACAAUAUCUAAGACUUCUUUUUAUUGUGUUCUGCCGGUUUUGCUUUGGUUAUUUAUAUUUUACAUAUGAGUGAAAUUGUGUAGUAUUUGUCUUUGACCUUCUAACUUAUUUCACUUAGCAUACUCCCCUUAAGUUCCAUCCACUUGUGGCAAAUGGCAACAUUUCAUCUUUUUUAAUAGCUGAGUAGUAUUCCAUUGUAUGUAUACACCACAACUUCUUCUUCCAAUCAGUGAUGGACACUAAAUAGCAUUUAGUGCGUUGACCAUAUUUUGGACAAUAGGUGGGCGUCCUCUCUGUGUCAAGUAAACACAAUGUCUUCAAUGACUGCAGAAUCGAUGUUGAGUGUUAUGUAUACAGCACUAGCUGCUUAUCAAGUGACUGACUUAAAAUCAUUUUGGGAAUCCAACAUGUCAUUCCAACAUGAAUACUUUCUGACGGGUCUUUUUUAUUUAGUUAGUUGGUUUUCUUCCUUCCUGCUAAAUAAAUUCAUCCUUUUGGCAAAUCUAUAUUGAAUGCCUAGGCUAUGACAUGCACUUCUCCAAGUGCUGAUAUAGUAGGAACAAAGCAGAUCGUGUUCCUUGCCUGUGUGGAGGGUAAGACAAACAAUAAAUAAUGAGCAAAUGUGUCUGUGAUAGGGGUUCAGGCAUUGAGAGGUGCUACAUAGAAAAUGAAAGCAAGGUAUUGCAAUGUGUGUGUGUGUGUGUGUGUGUGUGAAGGGCUAUAAAGGGCUGAGUGCAUUGGCAGCUUUAGGAAACACAGUGGAACUCUGACCCAUCAAGGGGGCGGUGGCACUUGUUCUAGAGGUUUCAGGAAUAAUCCUCUCCCACAGAAGGGCUUUGGUGGUACCUAAGCUGCCAAGUGAAACAAGUAUAAAGAGCACAAAAGUCCAGAUCCUUAAGCCAUAGGUUAUUUAAACACACUGCCUACUUUGAAGAUGUUGAACUGAUGGGAAGGGAUUAGUUAUAACUAAAUAUUGUAUGCGAGCACUUUGCAAACCUCUGAAAUACUUUACAGAUGAGAUCUUGGCCAGCCAGACCAGAGGUUGGAUGCCCGUGAUGGGUUCUAACAAAUGUGUCGCAUGCAUGAAUUAGAAAAUGAUUGUAAUGGAAAGAAGCCAAGGACACUUUAUUGGUUUAUUCCAUCAUUCAGCUUCCCUUUAAAUUCUUUCCACAUAGACAAAUUGCCAUAUGUAGGACAUCAAACUAAACUCUUGGGAUCAUCUCUAAAAUUUAAAAAAGAAUAUCAAUAUUAAAUAGAGGACCAAGAAUGUAAAAAUAUUUCAGCAUGCAAUCCAUUGCUGCUGGAGCAAGUCUGCUAUACUAUUCCAGCCCGAGGGAAUAGUUAAUGCCUUGAACUACUCCUAUCACCACGGGUUGCCAGGCCACCAAAUAACGAAGCCAAUCCAGGAUCUGUCCGUAUAAAAUGUGUGUGCGCUCCCAGCUAAGUCUCAGUUAAGGAAGUUACUCUGUACAUCCCAGUAGCAGAAAUCUUCAUAAAUGUAAUUUGCAAAUAUAGAAGCAGCACCAUUUGUAGGCAUUGCCUUUCUUGUCAAUUCUAGACAUUCAUUU